AAGUGGCAGGAAUAUCACUUAUCCAUAGUACAAAAAAAAAGCAUUAGCUUAGCGGUACCCAUUACUUGGUAAUGUACGCCACACAAGUUACAGAUUGAUGUCAUCAACAUGAAAAAAGAACUUAAAUAUGAGUGUAGUUGAAGCCACAUUAAAUGAGCAACUUAGAGCAGACUUGACAUGCCAAAUAGCCACAUACAUGUAAACAAGCAAACCAUUCUCAGUACACUUCUUUAAAGACUCUUAAGUGAUAGACAGACAGAGACACGGACUGCAGCAACCCUGCCGAUUGUGUGUGGGUCCAUGAAGGCGACUGUGUGUGUGCGCGUGCAUAGUGUACAACCAACCUUAGUAUUGUCCUCUUUAGAGGAACUCGGAAGUAGUGACUGUAUUUACGGUUUAAGUAUGCCAAUCCCUCGUCAGUCGUUAGCGUCCAUUGUGUUUGCGCCGCUGGCUGCUUGGGUGCACGUGAGUUAUCUGUGUGGAAAACAUGCAACACGUCACGUGACGUCAUCGCCCCAGACGGCUCCGUUGGUAAAUAUUUUGCCUUUUUUUUUCGAUAUUGUUCUUAGCCGUUGUGUGCAUUUUAGUUAUGGAUAGUUAAGAAUAUAGUUUUUUUGGUCUGUUUUAUUAGUCAUUACUAAAAGGCAGAAAAUUGGUCUUCACUUAUGAUGACAUGCAUCAUGACUGAAUCAAGUGUCCUGGUUAUUAACUGGCCUCAUGUUCCCAAGCACUGUAGUUUGUUAAUGAUAAAUAUCUGUUGCCUGACGAUAAAUAGGAUAGUAUACAAAAGCAUGUUAAGCUCUGGUUCUCGUGAACAAAAAGGUAACUAUUGGCAGCUAAAUCAAAGUAACUGUAAUCUGACUUCUCUAAUAUAAAAAGUAAUGCGUUAGAUUACUUAUGAUGUCACCGGACCACAUUUUGGGAGUAACGCGUUACCGACAUCGCUGAUUGACACACACUCCAAAAAGGUUUUUACUUGCCUAUCGAGGCCACAAGAUGGCGGCAAAUCAUUUUUUUCUGUUAGAUAAGGUCAUGACCUGACUUCAACAGUCUCUGGGCUCCAAGAUGGCGGCAAAGCAAUAUUUUUGUAUUAGAUAUGGCUUAUCGGUGACAUUUUCAGCGAAUGAAAUGUCAGUGAAUUCACUGCAUUGUCUCCUUAUAUUGGGGAUUUUCAUUUAUUUCAGGUGCGUCUGUAACAUAUACCCGUAAUGAACAGAAGAAUAUAGCGGGUGAUUACUGUAAUCCCCGAGCAUGUGUGCAAGAUGCGUGAGUCCGUUCACAUGGCGGUCAAAACACGACCGUGAUCCAAGCCUCUUUGUAAUUGUUUGUCUUUGCAGUAAACGGGCCAAGGCUAGAGGAAAGUGAGCAGGGAAUAAAAGAAGGAGAAGAAAAAGAAAAACAGCAACAUGCAAUCAAACAGCAGUAGUCAGGGUGGAGGCGAGGCGGACCGUGCCACGCAGGAGACCCGAGGAAAUAAUUAGCUGUCUGCACAAACGCACACGCAACAUGACUGACCUAAUGGGCCUUUCCCCUCCGCACUUUUGAGGACAACCGCCAAGCCCCCCGCGGCCUCCAAGGUCAUCCGCCAAGGUCUAAGAUCGUCAUCACUUCACGCCGCAAGGGGGUUCCCUUCAAGGGACCGCCGCCACCCCUCCCCCACCCGCACCCCCAUCCCGCCCGACACCGCAGGGCCCGGUCCCCUGCCAUCUUCCGGCGACCGACCCCUCCCGAGCGGCGAAUGACAAGCGUGCAUCCGAGGGCGGGGCUUGCCUCAGUCUCUCGUGAUUGGCUGCUGGAUGGAAUUGAGGUGAAUGGAACACAUGCCCAAGGAGCAAGAGCCAAACCCACUCGAGGGCGAAGAGAAACGGUGGCUCAAUGGCCCAAAGAGGAAGAGGAAGAACAGCCAAUGUUCGGUUAAGAGUAUGACGGGGUACAUCCCCAGCUAUCUGGAGAAGGAUGAGCCAUGCGUGGUGUGCGGCGACAAAGCCACAGGCUACCACUACCGCUGCAUUACCUGUGAGGGCUGCAAGGGUUUCUUCCGCAGAACCAUCCAGAAGAACCUUCACCCCGCCUACUCGUGCAAGUAUGAAGGCUGCUGCAUCAUCGACAAGAUCACGCGCAACCAGUGUCAGCUGUGUCGCUUCAAGAAGUGCAUCGCAGUGGGCAUGGCCAUGGACUUGGUGCUGGACGACUCCAAGAGGGUGGCCAAGCGGCGUCUGAUCGAGGAGAACCGGGAGCGCCGCAAGAAGGAGGAGAUGGUCAAGACGCUCCAAAACCGGCCGGAGCCCAGCGGGUCGGAGUGGGAGCUGAUCCACUUGGUGACCGAGGCCCACCGGCACACCAACGCUCAGGGCGCCCAGUGGAAGCAGAAGCGCAAAUUCCUGCCGGACAAAAUUGGGCAGUCGCCGGUGGCGCCCACGUCUGACGGCGACAAGGUGGACCUGGAGGCCUUCAGCGAGUUCACCAAGAUCAUCACUCCCGCCAUCACGCGAGUGGUCGACUUUGCCAAAAAACUGCACCUGUUCUCCGAGUUGCCCUGCGAGGACCAGAUCAUCCUGCUGAAGGGCUGCUGCAUGGAGAUCAUGUCGCUGCGGGCGGCCAUGCGCUACGACCCCGAGAGCGAGACGCUGACGCUGAGCGGCGAGAUGGCGGUCAAGCGCGAGCAGCUCAAGAACGGCGGGCUGGGCGUGGUGUCGGACGCCAUCUUCGACCUGGGCAAGAGCCUGGCGCAGUUCAACCUGGACGACACGGAGGUGGCGCUGCUGCAGGCAGUGCUGCUCAUGAGUUCAGACCGCUCGGGCCUGACGUGCGUGGACAAGAUCGAGAAGUGCCAGGAGACGUACCUGCUGGCGUUCGAGCACUACAUCAACUAUCGCAAGCACAACAUUCCUCACUUCUGGCCCAAGCUGCUGAUGAAGGUGACGGACCUGCGCAUGAUCGGCGCUUGCCACGCCAGCCGCUUCCUGCACAUGAAGGUGGAGUGUCCCAACGAGCUCUUCCCGCCGCUCUUCCUGGAGGUCUUCGAGGACCAGGAAGUGUGACGGAGGGGGCGGGAGGGGGAAACGUUGACAUCCGGGAAAGGGGGGAAAAAAAAAAAAAAAAGCGUACAUUUCUGAACUGGAAAAGGACUCGCCAGCAGGAAGAGGGAGAGGAGCAAAACAGGAAAUAUUGACGGCCCUUCUGUCUGAGCAUGCUGUUUCCUUUUACGCCAACACACACACACACACACACACACAGAAACGGCAACCAUAUAGCUCCUCUCAGUAUUACGCUCAUGUUUCUCUGUGGCGUCGAGUCCGUUCACAACGGACCGGACGCGGAUUCCUCAAGUUAAUCUGAGCCGUUACAGUCCAUCCCAAGUGACACCGGUGCUAAUGUUCUUCAGACUACUCCAUUUUUUUGUGUUGAACAUGGCUCCAUAUCAACCUCUUUUUUUUUUAUUUUUUUAUUUUUUUUUUAUAAUUCCCCCCCUCCCAUUUUUUUAAAGUCAUCGGACCGGCGCCUGUGACACAGACACACACACACACACAGACACGCACACACACAGCCUCACCUCAGCGUAACGUGAAUGCCUCAUUGGCUGCCUUGCACGGUGGCUCGUUUUUGUGUUUUUUGUUCUUUUUCGUUUGGGGGUCCUAACCUGCGGGGACUUUACCAAGUCCUAUUACAGACUUCCAUACUUUUGCCUUUUUU